AUGUGGUCAUGUGGUCGUGUGGUCAUGUGGUCAUGUGGUCGUGUGGUCGUGUGGUCGUGUGGUCAUGUGGUCGUAUGGUCAUGUGGUCAUGUGGUCGUAUGGUCAUGUGGUCAUGUGGUCGUGUGGUCAUGUGGUCAUGUGGUCAUGUGGUCGUAUGGUCAUGUGGUCAUGUGGACGUAUGGUCAUGUGUUCAUGUGGUCAUGUGGUCAUGUGGUCGUGUGGUCGUGUGGUCAUGUGGUCAUGUGGUCGUGUGGUCAUGUGGUCAUGUGGUCGUGUGGUCAUGUGGUCAUGUGGUCGUGUGGUCAUGUGGUCAUGUGGUCGUGUGGUCAUGUGGUCAUGUGGUCGUAUGGUCAUGUGUUCAUGUGGUCAUGUGGUCGUAUGGUCGUGUGGUCAUGUGGUCAUGUGGUCGUGUGGUCGUAUGGUCGUAUGUUCAUGUGGUCAUGUGGUCAUGUGGUCGUGUGGUCGUGUGGUCAUGUGGUCGUAUGGUCAUGUGGUCGUGUGGUCAUGUGGUCGUAUGGUCAUGUGGUCAUGUGGUCAUGUGGUCGUGUGGUCUCGCAGCGCCGCGUCACCUUUCACCUACCAGACGGUUCUCAGGAGAGCUGCAGUGACAGUGGGCUGGGGGACCACGAGCCCACGCUCCUCUCAUGCCCUCUCCCUCUGGUGCAGGGCCAGGCGCAGGAAGACUUCUACCAACAGGCCUCCUCGGACAAGAGGACCGAAGCCGACGGAAACUCUGACCCCAACUCUGAUGGCCCCCUGGGACCCAGAGGCCUAGUGGAAGCUACAGAGAUGUGUACCCAGGAGUGUUUGGUGCUUGGCCACUCUGACAACUGCUGGAUGCCCCCUACCCUCGGCUCCUACAGCCAGCCCAAGUCUCCAGUGUCCAACUUCGCCACCCAGAAAGAGUGGGCCAAAGAGAAACUGCUCAACGGCCAUACUACGUUGACCCGGACCUGGAAGAACGAUAGUGGGCGGGACCAGUUUUGUGACAAGAAGCAAUUUGGCAGCGGGGAGGGACACUUCAGCAGCAGUGGCCACAUGCCUGACAUCCCAUUGGCUAGUUUGAAAUCCUACCAGCCUACCACUGGCCCAGACUCUUCGAAGGAACACCAGCUAUAAAAGGAGUUCUGAUUGGAGGCAGCCAAUCUAAACAGGGCUGCGAUUGGAUAAUCUGAACAGGACAGAUGACGCAAGUUUCAAUCGUUUUUUUCCAGUUUUUUCUUUCUUGUUCGUACUAUUUGAUUGAAGUCGAUGCUGUGUGAUAGUUACCUGUACUACGUAGGCCACUAGACUAGUACUGAUGCACUCUACAAUUCAACUUUUUGGCGUUGGAUGGAUAGAUGGAUAGAUGGCGCAACAGAACGUCUCUUGGGAUUCCCUUUUGAUGGACGAAGCCCCGCCCCCAUAAACAAAACAUUUCCUCAUCACUCUGAUGGCUGGAAAAAAGGGCGGUCGAAUCCACCUGGGAAACAGGAAGAACACGAUCCAGGCCACCUGGGAAACAGGAAGAACACGAUCCAGGCCACCUGGGAAACAGGAAGAACACGAUCCAGGCCACCUGG